CCUCUCCGCCUCACCACCACGCCAAACCGCAGCCAUGGCGAUCCAGAAGAAGCACGGAAAGGGCCGUCUCGACAAAUGGUACAAGCUCGCCAAGGAGAAGGGCUACCGUGCCCGUGCGGCUUUCAAGCUCAUCCAGCUGAACAAAAAGUACAACUUCCUCGAGAAGAGCAAGGUCUUGAUUGAUCUUUGCGCCGCGCCUGGGUCAUGGUGCCAGGUCGCGUCAGAGGUCAUGCCUGCGGGCGCGCUCAUCGUCGGUGUCGAUCUCGCCCCAAUCAAGCCCAUCCCACGAUGCAUCACCUUCCAGAGCGAUAUCACAACCGACAAGUGCCGCACAACCCUGCGCUCCCAUCUGAAGCACAUGAAGGCCGAUGCCGUCAUCCACGACGGUGCGCCCAACGUCGGUACGGCGUGGGUGCAGGACGCCUUCUCGCAGGCCGAGCUCGUGCUGCAGUCCAUGAAGCUCGCAACCGAGUUCUUGGCCGAGGGCGGUACCUUCGUCACCAAGGUGUUCAGGUCCAAGGACUACAACGCUCUGCUCUGGUGCUUCCAGCAGCUCUUCAUGAAGGUCGAGGCCACCAAGCCACCUUCCUCGCGUAACGUCUCGGCCGAAAUCUUCGUCGUCUGCCGUGGCUACAAGGCACCCAAGAACCUCGACCCCAAAUUCCUAGACGCCCGCUACGUCUUCGCGGAACUUGCCGAUCCAACGCCCAACAACGAAGCCAAGGUCUUCAACCCUGAGAAGAAGAAGCGCAAGCGUGGUGGUUACGAGGAGGGCGACUGGACCCAGUUCCACGAGGCCACUGUGGCAGAGUUCAUCGAAACACCCGACCCCAUCGCUAUGCUCGGUAGCCUGAACAGGCUCAGCUUCGAGCAGAAGGGCAACGGAGACAUUGCAAUUGCAACCAUCGACAAGCUCCCAGAGACGACCAAGGAAGUGCGCAACUGCUGUGCUGACCUGAAGGUCCUCGGCCGAGCCGAUUUCAAGCGACUACUUCGCUGGCGUCUGAAGGUCCGCGACACCUUCGGUUUCUCGAAGAAGCAGCUAGAUGCUGCGGCCGCCAAGGAGGCUGAAGAGGCCAAGGAGGGCGAAGAGGUUGCCAAGAUCGAGGACAUGGACGAGGAGAUGAAGCUGCAGGAAGAACUCGAGAGGCUCAAGGACAAGGACUCCAAGCAGAAGAAGAAGCAACGUCGCAUCGAGAACGAACGCAAGCAAAAGGAGAUCAUCCGCAUGCAGAUGAACAUGGCAACACCUUUCGACAUCGGUAUGGAGCAAGCUGGGCCGACCGGCGAAGAUGCCAUGUUCGCCCUCAAGGCCGUCGACAAGGACGGUGCCCUCUCCAAGAUCGCCCGCGGCAAGAUGGCGCAGGUUAUCGAGAAAGAGAGGCAGGAGUCCAGCGAGGAGGAGUUGACAGACGACGAAGAAGGAGACAACCUCGAGCGAUACCUUGACUCUCAAUACGACGAGUACGUCGAACAAAAGUCCGCCCGCGACGCCAAAUACCGUGCGAAGCGAGCAAGAGGUGACAACGAGGACGGCGAAUGGAACGGCUUCUCAGACGGUGAGAAGGAGGAGAGCGACGAUGAGGAGCUUGUCCAAGACGCAGACAGUGAUCUUAGCAGUGAUGAGGAAGAGGAUGGGCCCAGGAAGUUGAUCACAACUCUUGAGGCAGACGACGCCGCCGGUAGUGGCUUGACCAGACGAGCUCAACGCUUUUUCGAUCAGGACAUCUUCAAGGGCAUCGACGGCCUCGACGAUCUCGAGGACGAUGAAGACAGCGGUAUCGACGUCGAGGGCGAGGAGGACGUCAAGAUGGAAGAUGCGGAAGAGGCUACCGAAAAGCCUUCCAGAUCAACCAAGAAGGCCACAUUCGCCGAGCCCGCCCCCGAAGAGUGGUCGGACGAUGACGACGACGACGACAAGAUCGAGGAGGUAGCGCGCGACGAAUCCCAAUGGGAACUAGACGACAUGCCCAUGAAGAACGGCAAACCCGACAUCGACAUCAUCACCGCCGAAGCCAUGACCCUCGCGCACCAAAUCGCCACAGGCAAAAAGACAAAACACGACCUCCUCGACGACUCCUUCAACCGCUACUCCCUGCGCGACGUCGACGGCCUGCCCGACUGGUUCCUCGACGACGAAAACAAGCACUCCAAGCUCCAGCGCCCGACUACCGCGGCCGCCGCAGCCGCCAUCAAAGAGAAGAUGCGCGCCCUCAACGCCCGGCCGAUCAAGAAGGUCCGCGAGGCCCAGGCGAGGAAGAAGUUCAAGGCCGCCCAGCGCCUCGAGAAGCUCAAGAAGAAGAGCGCGAUGUUGGCAGAUGAGGAGGGGAUGACGGAGAAGGAGAAGGCGCAGAGUAUUGCAAGGUUGAUGAGCCGUGCGAGCAAGAAGAAGCCAAAGGGCAAGGUCAGUGUUGUUGUUGCCAGGGGUGGUAACAAUGGUAUCAAGGGAAGGCCGAAGGGUACGAAGGGUAAGUAUAAGAUGGUGGAUGCGAGGUUGAAGAAGGAUGUCAGGGGUGAGAAGAGGGCGGCGAAGAAGAGGAAGUGAGCAACCAUUAGGGAUUAUGAGAGGUUGUGGUAGUGCAAGAUGGAUGUGCAUUGCUUGGCGUUUGAUAUCUUGAAAAUAUAUGGAGU